AUGAUGCUCCAAACAAGUCUCGCCCUCGCUGCUCUCGCCAGCUUCGUGUGUGCCUCGCCCGCGCCGGCAACUCUCGACAAGCGUGCGAUCAGUUGUGUGAGUGUCGGUACCACGGCCACAGCCCGGUGGACCAACGCUGCUGGCAAGACGUGCACCUUCACAGGCGUCGUGGGCAGCAACUUUGGCGCCAGCCCCUCUGGGAGCGGAGACUACUCGUGCAACGGCCGUUGCGGCGCUGGGUGCAGUGGUACUGCUCUGGGCAACGCCUACACCCUGGACUGCUUCUCCCACGACAUCUGCUCGUACUUCAACAACGCAAGCGGAGGUGCCAGUGACCCCAACUGCGGCGCGGCAUUCAAUGCGGCCAUUGAUGACACUGCUUUCGGCGCUGUUCAAGGAUGUGGCCAGACCAACCCCAACAACGGUGUUUCGAAGCCAAGCAACCAGCCCGUGUGUAUUUAG